GUGGGAGAGGCUGAUGAGGAUGAGGAGGAGAAGGAGGAGGAGGGAUGCUGCUGAGUGAGUGAGAGCGGAUGUCGGCUGCCUCACACGGUGGAGGGUGUAGCCUGUCGUCGUGGGAGCGGUCUGCUCCUCCGACGUCACACCGCUUCUCUCCACGGACGCCGGAGGAUGAGGUGCCUCUCCUCCUCGCCUCGCAUCGCCGUCACAUCGCCAAGACACUCUGUGGGGAUAAGCAGCGUCGCGCGUCGCGAGAGGGCGGGAGAAACACGCAGACAGACAGCGGGAAAGAUGCUCGCGCUAGCCUUCUGCGUGACUUUUUGCGCCUUCUGCGGAGCGUCUGCCGCCAACAACUAUAAUUGCAACGCUCCUUUGGUGUCCACACUGCCGCGCUCGUCCUUCCAGAGCUCGUCGCAGUCGUCGGCAGGCUACGCCGCCCACAACGCCAAGCUGCACAAGAGAGACGAGGCCGGCGGAUGGUCGGCGGCGGCGAGCGACAAAGAGCCGUGGCUCCAGCUGGACCUCAGGGAGCAGAUGGAGGUGACGGCGGUGGCCACGCAGGGGUGCUACGACAGCUGGGACUGGGUCAGCGCCUACCUGCUCCUCUACAGCGACACAGGGCGGGUCUGGAGACGCUAUCGCCAUGACGACGGCACAGAGAGGUUUGUCGGGAACGUCAAUUCGGAGGGGGUCGUCCAGAACAAGCUGUCCCACUCGAUGAGGGCACGUUACCUUCGCUUCGUCCCCCUCGACUGGAACCCCAGUGGCUGGAUAGGCCUCCGAGUGGAGGUUUACGGCUGUUCCUACAAGUCCUACGUGGCCGACUUUGACGGCAGAAGCUCCUUGCUGUAUCGAUUCAACCAGAAGUCCAUGUCAACGGUGAAAGAUGUCAUCUCGCUGCUGUUUAAGAGUCAGCGGGCCGACGGCGUUUUGCUGCACGGGGAGGGCCAAAGAGGAGACUACAUCACUCUGGAGCUGCACCGAGGGAAACUGGACCUCUACCUCAAUUUAGACGACAGCCGGCCGAGGUCGAGCAGCUUGUCCCGCGUGGCCGUCACCGUGGGCAGCCUGCUGGACGACCGGCACUGGCACGCCGUGCACGUGGAGCGCUUCAACAAGCACGUCAACCUGACGCUGGACUCCCACACACAUCACUUCCAAACGCAUGGGGAGGCCCACUCGCUGGAGGUGGACUAUGAGCUGAGCUUCGGUGGAAUCCCGCUUCCUGGAAAGCCCGGCACGUUCCUCAGGAAGAACUUUCACGGCUGCAUGGAAAACCUGUACUACAACGGAAUCAACAUCAUAGACCUGGCCAAACGCCGCAAGCCGCAGAUACACAGUGUGGGCAACGUGACCUUCUCCUGCUCGCAGCCCCAGAUGGCGGCUUGCACCUUCCUGAGCGCCAACAGCAGCUUCCUGACACUCCCGUCAGCGGCGGCGGCGGGGGCGGCGGCCCCCGGGGGCUUCUCCGCCCGCUUCCAGUUCCGGACGUGGAACCCGAAGGGGCUGCUGCUGUCUGUGCCGCUCGGCCCCGGCCCCCAGAGAGCGCAGCUCCAGAUCCAAAAGCGCCGCCUGCACCUGACCCUGCACGCCUCCGGGCGCAAGUCGGAGGUCUCUCCAGAUUACACGGUCAAUGAUGGAUUGUGGCAUUCCGUCAGUCUGGAGGCCAGGAAUUUCCUCAUCAGUCUGACGGUGGACAGCGAGCCGUCGUCCCAGAUUGAAGUGUCCGCGGCGCCGCUUCAGUCUAGAGGCACUUUUCACUUUGGAGGAUGUCCCACCACGGACUGUCAGUCCUCGUCUCCGGCCUUCCAAGGAUGCAUGCAGCUCAUCUCCAUCGACGGACAGCCUGUCAACCUCAGCCACGUGCAGCAAGGCAUGCUGGGAACCUUUAGUCAUCUUCACUAUGACACCUGCGCCAUUACGGACAGGUGUGUUCCUAACCAAUGUGAGCACGGGGGCCUCUGCUCGCAGACGUGGACUUCCUUCUCCUGCGACUGUUCUGGAACAGGCUACUCCGGAGCGACAUGUCAUGACUCCAUCUACGAGUCGUCCUGCGAGGCCUACAAGCUGAUCGGCGGCUCUUCGGGCUUCUACUCCGUCGACGCAGACGGGAGCGGGCCCCUGGGGGCCACGCAGGUGUACUGCAACAUGACAGAGGAGAAAGUUUGGACGGUGUUGGCCCACAACAGCACGGCUCCGGUCCGAGUCCAGGCCUCGGCACUGCAGGUGCCUCACACCAUGGUGCUCGACUACGGUGCCUCUGCAGAACAGCUGCAGGCCAUUGUGACCAGGUCGGAGCACUGCCAACAGGAAGUGGUUUACAACUGCAAGAGGUCCCGCCUCUUCAACACUAAAGACGGGAGUCCGCUGUCCUGGUGGCUGGACCGUCACGGGGAGAAGCGCAGCUACUGGGGAGGUUUCCUGCCGGGAAUCCAGCAGUGCUCCUGCAGCCUGGCGGAGAACUGUGCGGACAUGAACUACUUCUGCAACUGUGACGCCGACGCAGACUCAUGGACCAACGACACGGGCGUCCUCUCCUUCAGAGACCACCUACCGGUCAGCCAGGUCGUGAUCGGGGAUAUCGGGAGAGCCGGAUCGCAGGCCGUCUACCACGUGGGGCCUCUGCGUUGCUAUGGAGACAGGUCCAUGUGGAACGCCGCCACGUUCUACCAGGAGUCGUCGUACCUCUACUUCCCCACCUCGCCCGGCGAGCCCGCCUCUGACAUCUCCUUCUACUUCAAGACCAGCGCUCCUUCUGGGGUGUUUGUGGAGAGCCUGGGCCUCAAGGACUUUGUCCGAGUGGAGCUGAGCUCUCCCUCCACGGUGUCCUUUUCCUUUGACGUGGGAAGCGGUGCGGCGCUGCUGUCGGUGAAGUCCCACCUUCCGCUGAACGACAGGCAGUGGCACCACGUCAGGGCGGACCACAACGUCAAGGAGGCCUCGCUGCAGGUGGACCAGCUCCCCGCACGCUUCCUGGCGGCCCCCGCCGACCAGCAGCUGCCCUUAAAGCUGAGCAGCCAACUCUUUGUGGGCGGGACCACGUCGCUGCAGAGGGGCUUCUUGGGCUGCGUCAGGAGCCUGCUGGUGAACGGGCGGGGCUUGGACCUGGAGGAGCGCGCCAAGAUGACCCCGGGCGUGAGCGCCGGCUGCCCCGGCUACUGCAGCGGAUCCAGCAGCCUUUGCCACAACAGGGGGAGGUGCAUCGAGAAGAGCAACGGCUACGUGUGCGACUGCUCGCAGUCGGCCUACGCGGGGACCUCCUGUAACCAAGAGGUGUCGGUGUCCUUCGACAAGGAGUCCUCGCUGACCUACACGCUUCAGGAGCCGUUCUCCGUCAUGCUGAACAAAAGCUCGCGGGCGGAGAGCAGCCGCGCCCGCGAGGACGUCUCCUUCAGCUUCAUCACCUCGCGCUGUCCCGCCAUGCUGCUGUCCGUCAGCACCCUCAGCCGGCAGUACAUCGCCGUCAUCCUCGCCAGGAACGGGAGUCUGCAGAUCUGGUACCACCUGCAGACGGACAGGAAGCCAGACGUCUUGCGCCCUACCUCCGCCAACCUGGCAGACGGGCGUCUCCAUCGUGUGAGAAUCCACAGAGUGGAGGACAAGGUUUAUGUCCAGCUGGACCAGGACAUCCACAGGAAGUACACCCUGUCCUCGGACGGAGAGCCGGUCUUGAUGAGAACCUUGACGCUGGGCAAAGUCGUCGGAUGGGAGGCUUUCAGCGGGGAGGUGACGGAGGCGGCGUCCGACGGUUUCGUAGGCUGCCUCUCGCUGGUCCAGUUCAACAACGUGGCUCUGCUCAAGGCGGCGCUGACCAACCCCGGAAGCUCAUUGGUCAGCGUGCGCGGUCCCCUCGUCCAAUCAAACUGCGGCGCUUUGGCCGACUCCUCCUCCCGAUCUUUGCAAGAUCAAACGGUGACCGCAAAUAACGGGAAGGAGCAGCGUGACACGCGGAACGACGUGGCCGUCAUAGCAGGUGUGGUCGCAGCGGCGGUCUUCAUCGGGUCGUGCGCUCUGGCUGCCACCGCCCGCCUCCUCUACCAGCGGCAGCGGGCGAGGACGAGCGAGGUCAAGCGGGAGGACGCGGCGUCGGCAGGUGGCGCCGGUGGCGUGUACAUGGACUACAGGACUGACAUGCGCCCCCACGCCUCCGUCAGGGACAACAUGAAGGAGUACUACAUCUGAUCUUGCAAGAUUCCACACAAAUGACGGACAGACGGACGCCUCAUUGACCCAAAAAAGCUCGACAGGAAGUGGAACUGGCUCCUGUCUUCGCAAACAUGUACAAAGAGGAAGAUGAAUGUCUAAGCCUGGAGGGCCGCGACGAGAAGUCACAUUUCAAGGGGAUGUUUCCUGUGGGGGGGCGCUCCUCGUGUGCACGUGGUGGCCCUCAGAGAAGGAAGGAGGUCAAGGCUAAGCUAACGUGUACGAGUGCCUCAUUUCGAUAGAAACGUGCACGGGUCGGACAUUAAUGAGCAGAGGAGCGCCAAUUAAAUCCUGUCGGCUCGGCUCUGUGGUUGACCUUGUGCACGGACCCGUACCUCCUUCAUGCUUGGGAGUCGUUCUGGGCUUCAUUUCAAGCGUGUCGGACCUUUGAUGACGUGCUCCUUCUUCUCCUCGUCUAUUAUUUUUCCAAAAGAUGGUGUAUAUUAAGAGUAUCAUGAGGACUUAAUAAAAGGAUUCUAGUAUGUGAGUAAAGUUGUACGCGUGUGUGGACUGAUUCAAGAUGCUCAGUCUGACCCCACCCAGAAAAGAACCAAACACUUUUGUCUCAUCCUGAACCAGACCUGGCCAAGCUGAAACCUCACACAAGAGAAGACCUUGGCAUCUGACCAGUCAGACCUAAAUCCAGGCCUAAACCCUCUGACAAUGCCUAAACCUUUGACAUCUGAACAUCGGAUUAGACCAAAAAAACUUUGCCAAACCAAAACAUCAACCAAGACUGACAACUGACCAGGUCUAAACCAUCUGACAAUGCCUUGGCACUUGAGAAGACCUUCACAUCAGAGUAGUCCGGCCUGAAACCUCAGACCAGGUCUUGACAUGUGACUUGGCCUAAACAUUAGCCAAGACUAAGACCUCUGACCAGGCUUAAACUCAGAACCAUGUGUGAAUCACCUGACCAGACCUUGAUGGUUGGCUAUUUAAACCUAAAUCUAGGCCUAAACCCCUGAAAAAACUUCACAUCAGACUAAGCCUGUAAAGUCACUGUCAGGCCAGAACACCUACCAAGACCCUGACAACUGACCAGGCCUAAAACCUCCGGUUUAGACUUAACCUCUGACUAAGAGAAGCCAAAUGGUUAACUAGGCUUUAACAUCUAACUAGGCCUUACCCAUAUGACAAGACCUUGACAUCCGACGAAUUAAACCUAAACCUAGGCCUUAAACCACUGAUAAAACCUUGAGCACCAGACUACCUAAGCCUUAAACCACUGAUAAAACCUUGAACACCAGACUACCUAAACCUUAAUCCACUGAUAAAACCUUGAACACCAUCCUAUCCAAGCCUUAAUCCACUGAUAAAAUCUUGAACACCAGCCUAUCCAAGCCUUAAUCCACUGAUAAAAUCUUGAACACCAGCCUAUCCAAGCCUUAAUCCACUGAUAAAACCUUGAACAUCAGACUACCUAAGACUUAAACCACUGAUAAAACCUUGAACACCAGACUACCUAAGCCUCAAACCAGUGAUAAAACCUUGAGCACCAGCCUAUCCAAGCCUUAAACCACUGAUAAAACCUUGAGCACCAGCCAACCUAAACCUUAAUCCACUGAUAAAACCUUGAACACCAGCCUAUCCAAGCCUUAAACCACUGAUAAAACCUUAAACACCAGACUACCCAAGCCUUAAACCACUGAUAAAACCUUGAACACCAGACUACCUAAACCUUAAUCCACUGAUAAAACCUUGAGCACCAGCCUAUCCAAGCCUUAAUCCACUGAUAAAACCUUAAACACCAGACUACCCAAGCCUUAAACCACUGAUAAAACCUUGAACACCAGACUACCUAAGACUUAAACCACUGAUAAAACCUUGAACACCAGACUACCUAAACCUUAAUCCACUGAUAAAACCUUGAGCACCAGCCUAUCCAAGCCUUAAUCCACUGAUAAAACCUUAAACACCAGACUACCCAAGCCUUAAACCACUGAUAAAACCUUGAACACCAGACUACCUAAGCCUCAAGUCACUGAUAAAACCUUAACAUUGAACCUGUCAGUCAGUUCUAAGUCUAGGCUUUAAACCACUGAUAAAACCUAGACAUCUGACCAAAUGUGAAACAUGUGACUAGACCUAAAACACAUUACCUCGCCUUGAUAUUUGACUAGGCCUAUAUAGCUGACUGAGCCUAACCCACCUCACCAAGUCUUGACAUCUUAGUCGUCAGGCCUAAACCUGUGGACCCACCUUGACAUCUGACUAGGCCUAAACUGAUGAGGUCUCAAAACCCUUUCCAAACCAAAACAUCUUCCAAGACACGCGAGCAGGUGUGAACACCUGACCACACCGGAAGCUUCUAACCGGGCCUUGGAGGACCUCCAAGGUCACCGCGUUAGUUCAUGUCAAAGUCACCGAUUGAGGCCUUUGAGUCGGUAUGAUGCGUUACCAUGGUAACUGGCCCGCCAGGCUUCUUCUUGUGGUGAUUGCGACAUAUUUAGCAGGAAAGUGACAGACGGAGCUCAUUUCCCGGCUAAAUGAGUUUCAUCUGAUCGACGGCGCUUUUAUGGAGGCCUAAUGAUGUUUUCCAGCGGUUACUCGUAAGUGAAAUCGAUGAUUUAAUUGGCAUCUUCGGACCAUCCGUCAACGUCUCAUCGAGGGCUUCAGUGAUUGCAGCUUUGGGAUGAAAGCAUUCACAGAGUCGAUACUGCGUCUUGACGUCUGACUUGACGCAUGAAGACCUCCUAGCAAGACACCGCAGGUGAUGAGAAGAGGAUAUUAUGACUUUAUUCUCGUAUAUUUACAACUUUUUGUCGUUAAUUUAAAAGUUUUUUUGUAAAUUUAUGACUUUUUGUGUAAAUUUGCGACACUUUUUCUCAUUAAUUUACGACUUUAUUCUCGUAAUAUUGCAACUAUUUCCGCCUUUAUUAUGUAUUACAAGAAUAAAGUUGUAAAUGUAUGACUUUAUUCUUGUAAUAUUACGUACGAUUUUAAAAUAUUUUUCCUGUAAUUUUCUGACUAUUUGCGACUUUAUUCUCACCAGAAGACAAUCAAACCGGAUCCUUUCUCUCAAACGAUCAUUCCAUAUUUGGACAAGCGUCUUUCAUGGAGUGGACGUGGUGGGGACUUUGAUUCAACGGAGCGUCGUGGGGAUCUUUUCAUCAGCGCUUCCAGACGAGUCAUUGCAAACCUUCAAGCGAGUGUCUUGUGAUGAUCUCCCACGACGUAUCCCACUCUGCGCUGUUUUCCAGUCGCUGAGGCGGGAAGUGGCUUGAAAGUGCAUCCCUAACGCCACAGCUCAUUAACUCUGAGGCGUCAGGGGGAGGACUCUUUUUUUUUUUCCGUUGUUGUCUAAAAGCUAAAAACAGACUUGUCUCGUGUGUGUGGGGGGGGGUGGCAACCCUCGAGUCAAAACAGAUGGCAUCAAAUGCUAGCGAGAGGGUUUUUUUCCAUGAAAGUGUGACUGCGCGACAUUAGCGAGUAGCAGCUGCAGGCUUGUUACCAGCCAUGAUCUUUAACCGACGGAGGCGUGCGAGCCUCCCUGCCGAUUCACUGGUCGCCAUUACUGGGAAGUAAGCAUGGCGUCCCUCAUCGACGCAGACGGCGCCCCCUUAUGGAAGCCAUGAAGGGGUGGCGAUGACGUCCAUUAAGAGACCAUCUGCCGCUGUCGACCGGCACGGCGGCCAUGUUGCUUCCACUCUGGGACGCUGGAUGGCCCCAAGCUAGCUACCGUCGAAAAGCGGAAUCGAGGUUGACUCUUCUUCAAGUCUCCCAGGGUUUGGACCUUCUAUGGACUCGAGUGCAAGACAAGAUGUUUGAAAGUCACAUUUCAAAGUCGUUGCAUUCAUUAUCCUACUCCAGGAUGGGACUUCUUCCUUUCUUCUUUUUUUUUUUUUUUCCACACAGCCAGCGAGGGUAACCCCAGCUCAUGAAUAUAUCACACAAGACUUCUGGAAAAGCACACUUCAACGACUGGUACCAGUCAAGGAGACCGAAUGAGCUUGUGCUCCUUCAACCAUCACAUAUGGUGAUGGUUCACCCAAUAUUCACCCAAGGCACAUUCUAAAAAUAAAACAGUAAAAAUGGAAACAUCCGCAGCAAUUUUACAAGAAUAAAGUCCAAAUAUUAAGAGGAAAAAAAGCGGUGAUAUUACGAGAAACAAACAACGACGAAUGGUAAAAAUGACGUGUCGCAAGAACGAAGUCACAACAUGACGGGAAUAAAAGUCAGAAUGAAGAAAAUUCACAAGAAGAAAGCUGAAAUUGUUGGAAGAACAAACACCUGCAACUUUAUGAGAAUAAAGUCAAAAUAUGAAGAGAGAAAAAAGUUGUAAUCUACGAGACAAAGUCAUAAUUUCCCGAGAAAAAACAUGUAUUUUAGGAGCAUAAAGUUGAAAUAUUAAAGAAAAAAAUACUUUCAAAAAAAAGUGGUAAUAUGAGAAACAAACAAAACAACAAAUGACGUUGUCAUUUUUGGUAAAUAUUACAUUGCGGAAAAUGUUAAUAAUAUUACAAGAAUAAAGUCAAAAUAUGACAGGAAUAAAGUCAGAAUCACAAGAAGAAAGCUGAAAUCGCUAGAAUAUCAAAAGCCAAAAAAUAAACAGGAAACAAAAAACACAUUUUACGAGAAUAAAGUCAAAAUAUGAAGAAAAAAAAGUUGUAAUCUAACAUUUAUGAGAAUGACGCUGUGGUAUCAUAAAGAAAAAACACGUCAUUUUAGUAGCAUGAAUUGGAAUAAAGGAUUUUUUUAAAAAAGCCGUAAUUAUUCAAAAUGAACAAAACAACAAAUAAAGUUCAAGAGAAAGUUCAUGUUACAAGAAUAAAGUGAAAAUAUGAAUUACAUAAUGGAAAUUUACAGGAAGAAAGUCGAAAUCGUUGGAAAAACCCCCAGCAGGAACGACAAACAGCUGUAAUUUUAUGCAAAUAAAGUCAAAAUAUUAAGAGAAAAGACGUCAUUUUAUGAGAAUGAUGCCACAAUAUUAUGAGGAAAAAGUUGUAAAUUUACGAGAAAAAAAGUCAUAAUAUCACGAGAAUGAACUCUGAGAAACAAACGUAAAUUUUCGAGAAUAAAGUCGUAAAUAGUCGUAACUUUAUGGGCAAAAAGUUGCAAUAUUAUGUGAAAAAAGUCGGAUUGUUACGCGAAUAAAGUCGGAGAUUUACGAGAAAAAAGUUAUAAAAUUCGGAGAAAAAAAAAAUCCUAAUAUUACGAGAAAAAAGUCGUAAAUUUAUGACAAAAAAAAGUACAUUUACGAUAAUAGUUGUAAAUUUACAAGAAAAAGUCAUAAUAUUACGAGAAUAGUCGUAAAUUUAUGAGAAAAAACGUAUUUACAAAAAAAAGUUGUAAUAUUAUGAGAAUGAAGUCAGAAAUUAAUGAGAAAAAGGUUCGUAAAUUUAAGGGAAAAAAAGUCGUACAUUUACAAAAAAGUCCUAAAUUUAUGAGGAAAACAUUGUAAAUUUACGAGAAAAAAAGGCCUAAAAUUAAGAGAAUAAAGUUGUAAAUUAAUAAGAAAAAAAGUAAAUUUUAGAGAAAAAAGUUGUACAUUUAAAAAAAAAAAGAUGGUACAUUUGUGAA